ACAUUACCCGUCAUUCCAAUCGGCCAAGUCUCUAACAUGUGGAGCGUCCCUGUAUCCAUGGCAACAGUCAUAUACAGCGAGUUCUGAGCGCACCGAGAGAGAUUUCUUGCUUAAUCGGUCAGCAUGUCGGUGAUUGUUGCCCAGUCUCACUACAUCUUUGGCCUUCGAUCUCCUGUAACUAAUAAUAUUUUUUACUUUGAUGAACAAACUAUCAUAUUUCCAUCGGGUAACAACUGUGUUAAAUAUAACGUAGACCAAAAAUGGCAAAAAUUUAUUCCAGGCUCAGAGAAAAGCCAGGGGAUGCAAGCAUUAGCAAUCAGCCCAAACCGCCGUUACCUUGCCAUGUCUGAGAAAGGUCUGGAAAAAGCUACAGUCACAAUCUACGAUUUGGCUUCUGUGCCAUUUAAGAAGCGCAAAGUGCUAAGUGCACCUGACUUGACAGCACAUGAAUUUGUUAGCAUUGCGUUUUCCCCAGACUCCAAAUAUUUAGUGGCACAGUCUGGGUUUCCAGAGUGGCAAAUUAUCUUCUGGAUGUGGGAAAAACAAAAAGUAAUGGCAACUGUUAAACCAGACUCACACAGUAAUCCUAUAUACCAGGUGAGCUUCAGCCCCCAGGACAAUACACAAAUCUGUACUACAGGGCAUGGUGUCUUCAAGUUAUUUCGCUAUCUAGAAGGUAAUAUGAAGCAAACCAACUUUCAAAAGGUAGAACCUCAGAACUUUCUUUGUCAUACAUGGCUGUCUGAGGAUCGUGUCAUCUGUGGGACAGACAAUGGAAAGCUUUCUCUAUGGGAAUCUGGUGAUCUACGUUGGGAAAUAAACAUUGGCAGCAAAUCUGGGCAAACCGACCAUGAAAAACACAGUGCCUAUUCUCAAGAGCUUCAGGUUACCUCUGCAGAACAUGCAGCUCCAGCCCCUGUUCGCAUCAAUGCAAUUCUGGCCUACUCCAAAGGUUUCCUGUGUUCUGCAGGGCCUGGCAAAGUCUGUAUGUUUGAGAAGGUAGAAGACAAAGAUUUUUAUAAACGGAGCCGUGAUAUCAGAAUUCCUCAAGAUGAGUACAGCACUGACCCCACCCAAUCUGAACAGCAGGAAAUUGUGUGCAUGUGCCUUAGCCCAUCAGAAGAGAUGGUACUUAUUAGCACUAAUAAGGGUCAGUUAUACAGCAUUGCCCUGUCUUCUGCUGAAAUUAGUAAGGGUGAGGAUGCCUACUUUGAGUAUCUGACUGAAUCCUGGCAUUCUUCAUCUAUUACUGGGCUUAGCAUCUGUGUCCGCAAACCCCUAAUAGCAACCUGCUCACUAGAUCGCUCAGUGCGUAUUUGGAAUUUUGAAAACAACACUUUAGAACUGUAUAAAGAAUACCAAGAGGAAGCUUACAGUGUCUCUCUGCACCCUUCUGGAUUAUACGUACUUGUGGGCUUUUCUGAUAAACUACGUUUUAUGAACUUACUGAUUGAUGACAUCCGAUCAGUCAAAGAAUUCACUGUUCGAGGCUGCAAAGAGUGUGCUUUUAGCCAUGGGGGACAUCUCUUUGCUGCAGUGAAUGGCAAUGUAAUUCACAUUUACUGCACAGCAACCUUUGAAAAUAUCACUAACCUCAAGGGUCACAAUGGAAAGGUGCGGUCAGUUGCAUGGAGUUCAGAUGAUAGUAAGCUUGUGUCCUGUGGUCUUGAUGGGGCUGUUUAUGAGUGGAACAUUCUUUUGGGUAAAAGGGAGUCUGAGUGCGUUCUGAAAUCCUGUAGUUACAGCUCAGUGGCUAUGUCAUCUGAUUCCAAAACCAUCUUUGCUGUUGGAUCUGACCAAACAUUAAAAGAGAUCAGUGAUUCUCAGAUUAUGCGUGAAAUCCCCUCCUUUGAUGUGACUUAUACAGCAGUGGCUGUUUCUCAUUCUGGUCGAAUGAUUUUUACUGGCACAUCAUUAGGAACUAUCAGAUCCAUGAAGUACCCUUUACCUCUGCAGAAGGAGUUCAAUGAAUAUCAAGCCCAUGCAAAGCCUGUGACCAGAUUGGUUGUGACCUUUGAUGACCAAUAUCUCCUGUCUGUGUCUGAGGAUGGAUGUCUGAUUCUGUGGAAAAUAUCUGAUAAGGAGGGCCGUGGGUUAAAACGAGAUAAAGAGGUGGGGUAUGCAGAGGAGGUGCUGAUCACCAAGUCUGACCUUGAGGAAAAGAACCAAGUGAUGUUGGAGCUAAAGACACGUGUGGAGGAGCUAAAGAUGGAGAAUGAGUAUCAGCUACGACUCAAGGACAUGAACUAUAAUGAGAAGCUGAAGGAGCUAACAGAAAAAUUUAUUCAAGAAAUGGAAGUACUAAAAACUACAAACCAGAUUUUAAAAACUGAUUCUGAGAGACAAGAUAUUAAACACCAAGAAGAUGUGGCAGAGCUGCUGGAGAAACAGUCGAGAGAAAUACAGGAUCUGGAAACAUCCAAUAGCCAGAAGUUGCUUCUGGAGUAUGAGAAAUACCAGGAGCUGCAACUGAAAUCGCAGCGCAUGCAAGAAGAGUAUGAAAAGCAGCUUCAUGAGUUGGAGGAGAGUAAGAUCCAGGCCUUAGAAGAGAUAACCGAACACUAUGAAGCAAAAUUACAGGAGAAAAUGUCUGUUCUUCAGCUGACUCAGGAUGAAUCCCGUCAACACCUUAGAGAAUUUGAAGAGACAAAGAAGCAGAUUGAAGAGGAUGGGGACAGAGAGAUACAGGAUAUGAAGAUAAGGUAUGAGCGACGUCUGAGGGAGGAAAAGGAAUCUUCACUUCGUUUGAAAGGAGAGAGUGGCAUCAUGAGGAAAAAGUUCAGCAGCCUGCAGAAGGAGAUUGAGGAGCGUGCAGCUGACAUUGAGAAGAUGAAAGCUGAACAGCAGAAAUUGCAAGGAGUUAUUAAAUCCCUUGAAAAAGACAUUUUGGGGCUUAAGAGAGAAAUUCAGGAAAGGGAUGAGACCAUACAGGAUAAGGAGAAAAGAAUAUAUGACCUUAAGAAGAAGAAUCAAGAAUUAGAGAAAUUUAAAUUUGUGCUGGAUUAUAAGAUUAAGGAACUAAAGAAACAGAUCGAGCCAAGGGAAAAUGAGAUAAAGGAGAUGAAGGAGCAGAUCCAGGAGAUGGAGUCAGAGUUGGAGAGAUUCCACAAACAAAACUCACAACUGGAUUUAAAUAUUGCUGAACUGAAACAGAAGCUUAAAGCCACAGAUCGUGAGAUGCAUAAAGAGAGACAGAAGGUCCGUGAUAUAGAAGCUGUUGUUAAAAGAUUUAAGACUGACCUUCAUAACUGUGUAGGCUUUAUCCAGGAGCCCAAGAUGCUGAAAGAUAACAUCCGGGAGCUGUAUUCUAAAUACGUGCAAGACAGUGAUGUAGCAGAAAUUGUUGGCGUUGAUGCUGACAUACAACGGGAAUAUGCCCGUCAAAGGGAGCACCUUGAGCGCAGUCUGAGCACCUUACAGAAGAAACUUGCAAAAGACACUGAGAUUCAUCGCACUGACAAUGUGCGAGUCAUGCAGGAAAAUGUUACCUUAAUAAAAGAAAUUAAUGACUUGCGUCGAGAGCUUAAACUCAGUCGCACAAAGGUCCAUGACUUGGAGGCCAUUCUGGGGUUAAAUAAAAAGACUCGUAAGAACAAUGCAACAGAACUCAAAGUAUCUUCCAGUGAAGGCUUGCACCCAGUUGGAGUUUUACGACUUAAUUCAGAAGAAGAAACAGACAGGAUUAUUGACAUGCAGAGACUGGAAAUCAAACGCUUAAGAGAUCUGAUACAGUCUCAAGAACUCACACAAGGUGUCAGGCCACCCUCUGUGGGAAGAUUACCUGCACUGACCAUGACUACUUGAGCAUACUGCAUUUGUUGCAGGCAUCACAAUGUUUAUACUGACUAUUUGAGAAGAAAUUAAUAAUAAAUUACAUAAUACUGUGGUGAUUGUA